AUGCCGCCUGUCACCAGGCACUCGGCCAGAGGCCACGCCUCAGGCGGUCCCCGCCACGGGGAUAGCCCCCGGGAACAAGGCUUAGCCGCGCUAGUGAAAGCCCGCAAACACCGAAAACGCGAAAAGCCAGAUAACCAGAUGGAGGGAGACACAGGCGAGCCAAAUGCCUCGCCUCCACCCCCAACACCUCUGUUCAUGGACCAUGAAAUGGCAACCCAGACGCCACCAGCUAUGCUGGAGCCACAAAGCCCAAACAAACAACUCGAAUUCGAGCUCCGAAAAAACGCCAGCAUCGCCCUACAAGCCCGAGCCAAAAAAGAAGAAGAGGAAGACGAGGAGAUACUGGAGUUCCUCAACAUACUGGACAAGAAGCUCUCCUCUAUGAAACAGAAAAACCUCCCCAGGGCCUCCUCUUUUGGCAAGGCCCUCCAAACCUUUGCGCACAACUACUUCACCCAACCCGGUGCCAAUGCAAAUAACCAAGGCCACACAGCCAACCCAGCCCCAGCUAGCCCCCCCAAAACGUAUGCAAACGCUAUCCCCACGCCCAAACCGAACAACACUACUGGGAAAAAACUUGUUGUCUCAGCCCCUAAGCCAGCAAGACCUCUUCACCUUUUCCUUCGACUCCCAACAGACCACCCUGCCCGACAUGCCAGCCCGCAUGCGGCUCUACAAAAGCUUCGCAGUAGCCUAGAUCCAGCAGUCACUGACGCCAUCAAGGAAAUACAACAUGUUCCCACAGGGCUCGCCAUUGGGCCUAAAGAUGCCCAAAGUGCAGAGAUCCUACUUGACAAUAAGGAUGAUAUACAACAGGUAAUCCAAGGCUCUAAUGCUGAGCUAGAACAGAGAUGGGCAAUCUUUGUCAUUCCCGGUGCCAUCAAACAAUACAUUGGCUAUGAUACCUCAAUUGUCACUGUAACAGAGCAAGCAGCAAAGGAAGAAUUUAAGCUGCAGACAGGCAUCACGCCCCUAAAACUACACUGGUCCAAGAGGAGCCAAGAACACCUCUCAAUACAGACAAUGCAGCAACAAUGGUCCUGGCAGUGCCAGAGACUUCCGCCUCCAAGAUUCCACCUUGGGUCCAUUUCUUCGGCAAGAACCUCUGCAUUAGACGCAAGAUCAUAA